AUGGAGCAAACUGCGGAAAACUUAGACGACCUGGAGAUCUCUAACAACGCAGACGACACAUUGAAUAGCUUCUGCGCAUGGCAAGACACAUUGAACCCGGAAGGGGAUGAGCAACAAAAUCACCAUGACAACGCAAUACUUCUUACCAGGAAGGACCUGUGCCGUGGUUCUGAUAUCUGCUUCACGUUAGGGUUGGCCCACGUGUCUGGAAUGUGUAAUAGGUAGCGAAGCUGUAGCAUCAACGAAGACAACGGCCUUGCUGUUGGGAUCACAGUGGCGCACGAGAUGGGACACAACUUUGGCAUGCAGCACGACGGAAUUGAUAACCCAUGCUCAUUUGACGAUGACCCGAGUGGCCCAUAUGUGAUGUCUUCACGGGUUCCUAGUGGUCUUACACCCACAGCAUGGUCCUCCUGCAGCAGAGAAUACAUCACUCGUUUCCUAGAUAGUGGACGGGGUAGCUGCCUGGAGGAUAUGCCAUCAUCAACACCUUACAAAUAUCCGAAGGUUCUACCGGGUGUCAUGUACUCGGCAGACCACCAAUGUCGUCUACAGUACGGACCGAAUGCAACUGCCAGUCCCAUGUUUGAAUCUGAUCUCUGUACUACCCUGUGGUGUAGCGUAGGAGUCAUGAGGAGAUCACGCAUGACAGCAGCUGCACAGGGCUCUCGGUGUGGGAAAGACAAGUGGUGUAUAUCUGGAGAGUGUAUCGACAUCGAUGAACAUCCCGUGGUCAUCGAUGGCGGAUGGGGUCCAUGGAGCGAGUACUCUGAGUGUUCCCUGACGUGUGGACGGGCCGUCAAGUCUAAAGAGAGACACUGUAACAACCCAAGUCCAUCUCAUGGAGGAAGAUACUGUGUUGGUGAGAGAAAGAAGUAUACCAUGUGUAAGCUUCAGGAUUGCGUUCAUGAAUCUGUGAGUGUUCGUGCCAUGCAGUGUAGCACCUAUGAUACAAUCCAAUCGAAUGGUACUCAACUCGCAUGGAUUCCAGUCGAUGUCGAAGAUAAACCUUGUGAAUUGUUUUGCAGACGUCGUGAUCAAGCAUUGAUAAAGAAGAAGUCAGUUCACGUGACCAAUGGAACUCCAUGUACUCGCUUCUCACGUGAUAUCUGCAUUGACGGUAUAUGUCAGAUGGUUGGUUGUGAUAAUGUUGUCAGCUCAGGGGCGGUGGAGGACCGAUGCGGUGUAUGCCGCGGGGAUGGGUCAUCCUGCCUUACAAUUCAGGAUAGUUUCAACACGAAGUAUGGACGAGGUUAUGUGGAAAUCACCGUCAUCCCUGCCGGUGCUAGGAACAUCGUGUUGGAUGAAUUGGUCUCUUCCCAAAACUACCUGGCCAUCAGCAAUGCUUCAGGACAUGACCUGCUAAACAUGGAUUGGUAUAUUGAUUGGAGCGGAGAGUAUCAGGCAGCAGGGACCAUUAUCAGCUACGAGAGGAUAGACAACAAAGAACGAGUGGAGAUCCUUGGUCCCAUCAGCGAACCACUGCACAUCUAUCUCAUAUUUCAACGAGCUCAGAACCCUGGCAUAACAUACAAGUAUACCAUGCCGAGAGAAGGGAACCAGACUGCUGUCAUGCCGCAGUUCUUCUCCUGGGUCUUUACCGAUUGGUCCCCGUGUUCUGCAUCCUGUGGCAUUGGUUAUCAGCGUUCGAGUGUGAUCUGCAAAGAGUUGAUAGCCGGACUGGUUGAUGACCGAUACUGUGAAGGCAUAAAACCAGACGACAUGCAGCAGACUUGCAAUGAACAACAGUGCCCUGCCACAUGGUGGGAAGGGCCUUGGCAACACUGCACAGGAAGCUGUGGAGAGGAGGGGCACAGACAGCGAUGCGUCUUCUGCAUACGUGGUUCCACCAACGGCGAACAGACUGUCCUCGAUGACGUCGACUGCCUUAGUCAGGGCCAGGAGAAACCCGUCACUGAGACAACAUGUGAGGUUGACCUUCACUGUGAAUCCAAUGACAACUGGCAAACAGGCGAAUGGUCGCAGUGUUCCGUUUCGUGUGGCGGUGGGUGGCAUACCAGGUCUGUAAUCUGCACGAACGCCAUCAAACCUUGCGAUGUUGCAGGAAAGCCCAGCGACCGAAGACCGUGCUUCUUAGAUCAAUGCCCUAGGAGACAGGACUUAUACAACGCUGUGCCUGAGGCUCCUGAAAGCCGCUCCUACGCAGACGAAUCUUCACUAGAACACUCAUCAGCGAGCGUGUCCGCUAGCAGUGACUAUCCGGCGAAUUUCGGCGAGUGGGAGAAGAAGAUUGCCAUCCAGAAACACGAAUCGGCGGCUAAUAGCACAAAGCUGCACCCGCCUUUGCCACCUGAAGAAGCGCCUCAUAAACCUAACUACGAAUUGAACAUUACUACCCAUGACAUUGAUGUCAUAGAAAAAGAGCGCAAGGAUUCUACAAUAAACCAACUUCCUGUUGUGCCAGAUUCUCCAUAUGUAAAUUUUAUCUUAUUCCCAUCUGCCCUGAACGACAAGCAUCCAUCGGCUUCAGAUACUGCUACUCGUCUGCAACAUCAGUCUCAAGAGCCUUCGUUUGGGUGGUCAAAACAACCGUGGCAGCCGGUACCUGGCAAUGCUGGGGUAAUAGGAAUUGCAGGGUCCCACAUGAAGAGCAGUAUUAAUAAUGAUGUUGCUACCCUGGGUUAUGUGGAAAUCACCGUCAUCCCUGCCGGUGCUAGGAACAUCGUGUUGGAUGAAUUGGUCUCUUCCCAAAACUACCUGGCCAUCAGCAAUGCUUCAGGACAUGACCUGCUAAACAUGGAUUGGUAUAUUGAUUGGAGCGGAGAGUAUCAGGCAGCAGGGACCAUUAUCAGCUACGAGAGGAUAGACAACAAAGAACGAGUGGAGAUCCUUGGUCCCAUCAGCGAACCACUGCACAUCUAUCUCAUAUUUCAACGAGCUCAGAACCCUGGCAUAACAUACAAGUAUACCAUGCCGAGAGAAGGGAACCAGACUGCUGUCAUGCCGCAGUUCUUCUCCUGGGUCUUUACCGAUUGGUCCCCGUGUUCUGCAUCCUGUGGCAUUGGUUAUCAGCGUUCGAGUGUGAUCUGCAAAGAGUUGAUAGCCGGACUGGUUGAUGACCGAUACUGUGAAGGCAUAAAACCAGACGACAUGCAGCAGACUUGCAAUGAACAACAGUGCCCUGCCACAUGGUGGGAAGGGCCUUGGCAACACUGCACAGGAAGCUGUGGAGAGGAGGGGCACAGACAGCGAUGCGUCUUCUGCAUACGUGGUUCCACCAACGGCGAACAGACUGUCCUCGAUGACGUCGACUGCCUUAGUCAGGGCCAGGAGAAACCCGUCACUGAGACAACAUGUGAGGUUGACCUUCACUGUGAAUCCAAUGACAACUGGCAAACAGGCGAAUGGUCGCAGUGUUCCGUUUCGUGUGGCGGUGGGUGGCAUACCAGGUCUGUAAUCUGCACGAACGCCAUCAAACCUUGCGAUGUUGCAGGAAAGCCCAGCGACCGAAGACCGUGCUUCUUAGAUCAAUGCCCUAGGAGACAGGACUUAUACAACGCUGUGCCUGAGGCUCCUGAAAGCCGCUCCUACGCAGACGAAUCUUCACUAGAACACUCAUCAGCGAGCGUGUCCGCUAGCAGUGACUAUCCGGCGAAUUUCGGCGAGUGGGAGAAGAAGAUUGCCAUCCAGAAACACGAAUCGGCGGCUAAUAGCACAAAGCUGCACCCGCCUUUGCCACCUGAAGAAGCGCCUCAUAAACCUAACUACGAAUUGAACAUUACUACCCAUGACAUUGAUGUCAUAGAAAAAGAGCGCAAGGAUUCUACAAUAAACCAACUUCCUGUUGUGCCAGAUUCUCCAUAUGUAAAUUUUAUCUUAUUCCCAUCUGCCCUGAACGACAAGCAUCCAUCGGCUUCAGAUACUGCUACUCGUCUGCAACAUCAGUCUCAAGAGCCUUCGUUUGGGUGGUCAAAACAACCGUGGCAGCCGGUACCUGGCAAUGCUGGGGUAAUAGGAAUUGCAGGGUCCCACAUGAAGAGCAGUAUUAAUAAUGAUGUUGCUACCCUGGGUUAUGUGGAAAUCACCGUCAUCCCUGCCGGUGCUAGGAACAUCGUGUUGGAUGAAUUGGUCUCUUCCCAAAACUACCUGGCCAUCAGCAAUGCUUCAGGACAUGACCUGCUAAACAUGGAUUGGUAUAUUGAUUGGAGCGGAGAGUAUCAGGCAGCAGGGACCAUUAUCAGCUACGAGAGGAUAGACAACAAAGAACGAGUGGAGAUCCUUGGUCCCAUCAGCGAACCACUGCACAUCUAUCUCAUAUUUCAACGAGCUCAGAACCCUGGCAUAACAUACAAGUAUACCAUGCCGAGAGAAGGGAACCAGACUGCUGUCAUGCCGCAGUUCUUCUCCUGGGUCUUUACCGAUUGGUCCCCGUGUUCUGCAUCCUGUGGCAUUGGUUAUCAGCGUUCGAGUGUGAUCUGCAAAGAGUUGAUAGCCGGACUGGUUGAUGACCGAUACUGUGAAGGCAUAAAACCAGACGACAUGCAGCAGACUUGCAAUGAACAACAGUGCCCUGCCACAUGGUGGGAAGGGCCUUGGCAACACUGCACAGGAAGCUGUGGAGAGGAGGGGCACAGACAGCGAUGCGUCUUCUGCAUACGUGGUUCCACCAACGGCGAACAGACUGUCCUCGAUGACGUCGACUGCCUUAGUCAGGGCCAGGAGAAACCCGUCACUGAGACAACAUGUGAGGUUGACCUUCACUGUGAAUCCAAUGACAACUGGCAAACAGGCGAAUGGUCGCAGUGUUCCGUUUCGUGUGGCGGUGGGUGGCAUACCAGGUCUGUAAUCUGCACGAACGCCAUCAAACCUUGCGAUGUUGCAGGAAAGCCCAGCGACCGAAGACCGUGCUUCUUAGAUCAAUGCCCUAGGAGACAGGACUUAUACAACGCUGUGCCUGAGGCUCCUGAAAGCCGCUCCUACGCAGACGAAUCUUCACUAGAACACAUCAGCAUCAGCAUCAGCGAGCGUGUCCGCUAG